AUGGCUGAAGCAAGCCAGCUUUUCACACAGCCGCAGGUGCGAUUCCACAUUGUUCACAGUGACAAACUUCCAGCAGAAGAAAUUCAUUGGCUUACGGAGCUCCUAACGGAGGGAGGCGCAAUUCCUGCUCCUUCCCAUUCUUCGCAGGAAUACAAAGAGAUCGAUCUAGAAACAACCACCCACAUCAUUACCAGGACCGUUGAUUUUCCAGAUUUUGAAGCAGCGGCCGAACCAUCCUUAGGCAAGUCAAUCGUGACGCCAGAAUGGGCCACGGCUUCUUUGUCGAAACGCCGACAGGCAAACCCAAGGCAGUACAGCGCUGAUCCAAGAAUGUUUUUCUCCGGCUUGAUUGUUUGCUGUGCCAGCGACCUACCAGAGGGCGACAAGGAUGCAAUUGUUGGUUAUGUACUCGCAGUAGGAGGACUGUACUCGAGCGCAGUCACAAAACAGGUCACUCACAUUGUUGCUCUGACGACAGAAUCAGAGAAAUGCAAGAUUGCUCUCGGAAAGAAUUUGAAUUGCAAGAUAGUUUUACCACACUGGAUCGACGACUGUCUCAAGAUUCGCGCAAGGCUGAUUGAAGAGCCUUACUGUCUACCAAAUCCAAAGAUAUUGCAAAAUGGUACCUCUGAAAAACCGCCUGAUGCCCAUAGGAACGAUUUACGAGGGUCUUCAACUGCUCAACCGCAGCAACUACCCACACUACAAAAGCCUUCAUUAACUAUCUUCAAGUCCAAAACUGUCAUGCUUGCGGCUGAUCUAGGGAUAAAUAGUCGACUCCGAGGUACGAUAGAGGACCUUAUCACAGACGGGGGAGGAUCCAUGACUGGAAGUGUGCAUAAAGCUGAUUACCUUGUUUGUCAACACCGAGAGUCUCGAGAUUAUCGAGUCGCUUCACGGGCAGGCAAGACAGUGGGGAGUCUUGCCUGGCUAUAUCACCUAAUUACGCACAAUGCAUGGACCUCGCCUAUGCGACGCCUUCUGCAUUACCCAAUCUCUAGGCAGGGAAUCCCGGGUUUCAAGCCAUUUCGUAUCAGCGUAUCAAAUUAUAACGGUGAGGCACGCAUUUACCUAGAAAACCUAGCGAUUGCUGCUGGUGCGGAGUUCACGAAGACCAUGAAGGACGAUAACACGCACCUAAUUACUGCUCACCCAAACAGCGAAAAGUGCAAUGCCGCAAAAGAAUGGAAUAUCCAUAUAGUGAAUCAUCUUUGGCUAGAAGAAAGCUAUGCUCAAUGGCAAGUACAGACCAUUUCAAAAUCCACAUACACUCAAUUUCCAAAUCGAACAAACCUUGGAGAGAUAGUGGGUCAGACAGAAAUCGAUAAAAGGGCCGUUGAGCGACACUUUUUCCCAGCUGGAUCAGACGUACGGGAUAUUGAAGAGGACGAGCCAGUCCACAAGCAAAAGGCUGGUAAAACUCUUGAGAUUGGACCAGCGAAGACUGCGCAGGAUGCAUCAGCUGUGUUGGUGCCGCUACCAUCAGAUGGAACCACACCGAGAGCGUCCAAGGCUAAUCGCCGUCACACAGAUGGUGAAACUUUGCAAACGCCCGCCAACCCAAGAGGUAGAAAAAUAGGAAAGGAAAAUGAGACACCCUCAACAACAGGGAGCAGAAGCGCGAAAGCAAUGGCAGCCGCCAAAUUGCAAAACCUUGCGCCAGAUAUUGCGCUAUUUGAAAAGGAGAGCAAGCGAGUCGGCGGUGUCAUCCACGGCGGCCGAAAGAAGACUGAUGAUCUCGUGCAGAAUGGCCAAAGAAAGCGCUCCAAAUCCAUGGAUGAGAACGCUGACGCUGGUACUGAGGAAGACACAAAGGCCGCGAAACGAAAGAAGACGAGUGGGUUGCCGCCAGUUGUGAUACGGGUACUCCUGUCUGGAUACAAGCGAUGGGUUGGUCAAACGGCCAAAAUCGAAACCGAAGAACGAUCACAACUUCGAGAACUGGGCAUACUGGUCGUCGCAGAUCCGUCAAAAUGCACGCAUUUAGCUUCGCCCCAUGUCGUUCGUACCCGAAAAUUUCUGUGUGCAAUAGCACAUGGCCCCUCCAUUAUUAGCACCAACUUCAUCGACGAUUGCCUAGGUUCAAACCGAUGUCUGGAUCCCAACGAGUAUUUGCUGCAUGAUCAAGCCUACGAGAAACAAUCUGGUUAUAGAUUAGCCGACGCACUUUUUCGAGCAAAAGCUAACAAAGGUCACCUCUUGAAGGGAUGCACGAUAUACUGCACUGAAAGCGUGCAUGGCGGCCCCGACACAUACAAGGCAAUUACUGAGGCAAAUGGUGGGAAAUGGAUGCUCUACCGUGCUCGAGCGGGUAGCAACCAGGUUCUUCGCGCAGGAUCAGUAGAGGUUCCUUCCGAUACAGAAGCGAAGCCCGAACACAUUUAUCUCGUCAGUGGCACUACACCAGAAGAGGGGAAAUUAUGGCAGAGGUUCCGUCAGAUGGCAGAUUCAAAUAACAAGAUUGCGAAGAUCGUCCGACAUGACUGGUUAUUACAGAUGGCGUUGUCGCAACACAUACUCUCUGGUGACUCGUACGCUUUGACUGACAAAGAUAUCGGUACAUCUGUGAUCUGA